AUGAAUAGCACCAAUAGCACAGAUUCAUUUGAUAAAGGAUUUUAUCUAGUUGCUUACAAUUCUUUGGGCAAUAAGAACUACCUGAUAUUGGCAUUAGGAAUUAUCUACCUGCUCACACUGCUAUGUAAUUUUACUCUUCUGGCUAUAAUCCUGAUGAACUCCAGUUUACAGAACCCCAAGUUUCUUGCGGUUUUUAACCUCGCUGUAGUUGACAUUUCUAUAAACAGUGUUAUUAUUCCACAAAUGGUUCCUGUGUUUGUAUUUAACCUUAAUCACAUCAGUUUUGAAUCAUGCUUCUCCCAGAUGUUUUUCAUGCACUUUUUUGGUGACAUGGAGUCCUUUUCACUGGCUCUAUUGGCUUAUGAUCGCCUGAUUGCUAUCUGCUUUCCUUUACGCUACCCUACUAUCAAUACUAAUGUGUGGAUGGUGCUCAUCAUAGCCAGCCUGUGGUGUCUGGUUUUUUUGAUUGAGCUUUACCCUGUAGCUCUGGCCAGUGGUCUCUCCUACUGUAGAUCAAGGGUGGUUCCCAGCUGUUGUUGUGAGCAUGGCCCAGUUUAUAACCUAGCCUGUGGAGAUAUUUCUUAUAACAAGAGACUGGCACUUGCUAAAACGUUAGUUGUCCUGCUUGGUCCUUUGACUUUCAUCAUUUGCUCUUAUGUCAUAGUGGUGGUGGCAGUCUUGCGAAUAGCGUCUCCGACACAAUGCUGGAAGGCCUUCAACACCUGUCUUACUCACAUGAUCUUGGUCCUCAUUUAUUAUCUGCCAAUCAUUUUGGCUUACAUACUAGGGAACUUGAAAUUACUGCAAUCAGCUGAUCUUUACACAGCAGGUCUAACAGUCUGUGUCACAUUGCCAGCGAUGUUAAACCCUAUCAUAUAUAGCUUAAAGACUGAGGAACUGCAAGACAAGUUGCUGAAAUUUAUUAAGCCGCAAAAAGUGUCAAAUACAGUCUAA